AAACCAGUAAAUUCAUCACAAAAUUUGUUGUAAAAAAUAUGCCGGCACAUAUAUUUUAUUUGCUAUCUAGACAGGUAUUAGGUACUAACUAACAUUCAUUUUCUUUAUUUUAACUCAUCGGAAUUGUAUAAUGAAACGAAAAGAUAAUAUGUUUCAUGAUUUUCGUUUAUCAAUAUGAUUUGUGUCUGUGGGGAACAAUCAGAAUGUUAGUUACAGCUGUUAAUGGUACAUGAUAGAUGAAAAACAUAGUACUCUAUACUCGGUGAAACGAUCAGCAAGAUGAACAUAGAUUAUAAAGAACUGCAUAAAGAAGCGAUAUCUAACCAAAUGGGCUCGUCGUUAAUUGAAAUAUAUACAACUCUGUUUCCAUUACCUGUUCAUUUAAUCAUAUUUGUAUGUAUGUCUAUUGGUACGAAGUACAGUGAAAAAAUAUACUCUCCAACUGUUUGGAUGUUUCUUUUUGAGUUUGUUAUCUUAGUGCUACCAACUGUAUUUAAUUUGACUUUGCUUUCAGAAUAUCCAAAUGCUCAGUUUGUGUUUUAUCUUUUCGUCUUUGUAUUUCCAUUCACUUGGUUGUUGUUCAACCAUAAUUACAUAUCAACAAAUGACAUCAAAACAUUAAAAAGUCCCUACAUAACUUUCUACAGAUUUAUGCUUAAUACGUAUACAGUGUUUUGUAUUCUUGGUGUUGAUUUUAAUGUGUUCCCUAGACGUUUUGCCAAGACUGAAAAGUAUGGUCAUAGCAUUAUGGACAUUGGUGUUGGAUGUUAUGUUUGUUCUAAUGCUUUGUUGUUUAAUAUUCCUAAAUUGCAUAAUAUAACAAAUAAUGCGUUCAAAAUUUUCAAACAAAUAUUGCCAUUACUCAUAUUAGGAAUUGGUCGUACAUACUUUGUUACCAAGUCAAAUUAUCAUCAUUAUGUGUUUGAAUAUGGUGUACAUUGGAAUUUUUUCAUGUCUUUAGCUUUCCUCAAAAUGAUCAACUUGUUUAUUUUACCUUUCAUUAGUAAAUGUUGUCUAUCUGGUAUUGCAACCGUUUUAGUUGUAAUCUAUGAAAUUGUCUUAAACUGUGGUCUUGCAGAAUGGAUAAUGAGUGAUGCUAAACGUGAUACAUUUUUCUCAGCAAACCGUGAAGGCAUUCUAUCUCUAAUUGGUUAUGAAGCCAUAUUUUUAUAUUCUUUGUCAAUGAAAUGGCACAUCUCUGCUUUUGUGAAAAAAGAUCACUUAAUAAAUAAUAUGUUUCUCUUAAUCGUAACCUUUUCUUUAACUUUUAUAUUAUUUUUACUUGCAUCAUUACUAAGUUAUUUUAUUGGAAUUUCUAGAAGAUUAGCAAAUGCUGGUUAUGUUUAUUGGAUAUUAUCAGUAUCUUCCUAUCUUUUAUUCAUGUCAAUAAUUAUGGAAAACUUAAUUACUGUAAAUUUACAAAGGAUUGGCCGACUAAAUAAAUUCAAUAAUAGAGUUUCAUUAAUUAUAGAUAGUAUAAAUGAUAAUUUAUUUUUUUUUUUUUUUUUUGCUAAUAUUGUUACUGGAGUUAUAAAUAUUUGUAUUUACACUUUAACUAUGAAUACUGUAAUUAGUUUAACUAUUUUGUCUUUAUAUAUGUUCACUAUUUUUUUCAUGGUUUUUAAUUUACAUAAUUAUAAAAAUAAAAUA